CAGGGGACCGAGCAGAGAAAAUCUGGGAGGAAAGAAAAAGAAAAUCCAGGGAACUGAGUCAGCAGCAGCAGCAGCGGGUCUCAGUCUGCUGCUCCCCCUCAACUUCCGCGGAUCCAUUUCAGCUCCGAUCUCCACAAACUCAACACUCACACACUUCACAGUGAAGUCGGAUGGGUUUCCUUCACGAUAAGAAGCAUCUGUGGGGGGGAAACGAGGCGUAAAAAAGGACAGAGAGAAGAGGAAAACUGAGUGGACCAUCCCGUCUCGCUGAGCACACCACGUCCCUGUGCUAAAUAUUCACCCGGACGCUUCAUGUCAGUCCGAGUGUCAGCCAUGAGCGUUCUUCCUCCUGUGCGAAGGGACCGAAUCAUCGCUCAGCUCCCUCAGUAUUUCAAGAAGGAAGCAGCUCUCCACACUAAAGACGAUUUCAACAAUAAAGUGAGGACUGCCUGCCAGGAGCAGCGCACCGGCACUGUGGGCAGAUUCAAAAUCUCUAAGGUCAUUGUGGUGGGUGACCUGGCUGUGGGGAAAACCUGUCUGAUUAAUAGAUUUUGCAAAGAUGCUUUUGAUAAGAACUACAAGGCAACGAUCGGUGUUGACUUUGAGAUGGAGCGGUUUGAGGUGUUGGGUGUCCCUUUCAGUCUACAGCUGUGGGACACUGCGGGCCAAGAGAGGUUCAAGUGCAUUGCUUCUACGUACUACAGAGGAGCCCAGGUUGUGAUCAUCGCGUUUGAUGUAAAUGAUGUUGCCUCUUUGGGCCAUGUGAGGCAGUGGCUCGAAGACGCCUUGAAAGAGAACGACCCCACCGCUGUCCAGCUGUUCCUCGUCGGCACAAAGAAAGACCUGAGUUCUCCUGCUCAGUAUUCUCGGAUCGAACAAGAUGCUCUCAAACUAGCACAGGAGAUGAGAGCAGAGUACUGGGCUGUUUCAUCACUCACAGGGGAAAACGUGAAAGAGUUUUUCUUCCGAGUUGCAUCAUUGGCGUUUGAGACCAACGUUCUUGCGGAGUUGGAGAAAAGUGGAUCGAGGCAAAUUGGAGAUGUCGUCAGAAUUAACAGCACUUCAAACAAACUGUACGCUACAUCGAAGAAGAAACACCCGAACUGCUGCCAGUAAGGAUGCAAGCGGGAGUUUAAAGUAAAAAGGUACAGACUGAAAAUUAGGAUUUUUCUCAGCGGAAAAAGACUGUGGUUGCUCUCCAGCUCAUGGGAGGGAUUUCUGUGGUCAGAGCAGGAGGAGGGAUGCAGGAGUUUCACUUCCUGAUAUGUUUGAAUUCAGUUUUUCCUGGCCUGUGAUGAGUUUUGCUCUGUGGGAUGUGGAUUCUUGCGGUGUCGCUCGGUUUAACUUGUCCGGAGUUACAGAGUGGCACAAAAAUGACAGGUUCUGCUGAGAUGCCAAAGAAUGACUGUGGAUGGUUACUUUACUUAGAGCUUGAAUUAAAUCUUCAGUUUUGAUGCUGUAGCUUGUUUUACAAUCAAGAUUCAUCAUCACAAUAAUACUCAUUUCCUAAAUGACUGUUUUUACUCGGUACUAAACCUCUUUUCCUAAUAUUGUAGAUUAGAGGUUACCAACCUCUCUGUAAGAAGUAAGAUAUUGCAGUAAAUCACAAGACAACAAAGAUUUGAGGAAAGUCAGAAGCAAUAAACUUUUAAACUUUUUUUGUUUAACAGUCCUGCUAAUCAUCUCCCGACCCUUCAGAUUUAUGGUCGACUCCUCGCGGAGGGCCCAACUCGCUGGUUGAGAACCAUUGUUGUAACGUAGAUGCAGCCUUGGACAUUUUUAUCUGCGGUGUAUUCUUUCCUAGGUACUUUUUGCCUUUUUGUUUACAAUCAAAUCAGUGACUGAAUUUGAAAAAUUUUCAUAUCAGAAACUGAAAUUUUGUGUGUUUGAUCAUUUAUUGUCUUUUUAAAAAUUCUCAUGGUAUGUGUAACAUGUCAUAAAGGUAUUAAAACAGGAUCAUAUCAUUAAUGUGUUUCGGAAAUAUCAUACAUGUAUUUUGAAGACGUAAUUAUUUAGUUAAAAUCACGGCUUAUGUUAUGUUUAAAAAAAGUCAUAUUAAACAAGGUUUUCACUAUUUCUUAAACAAAUAUAAAAUGUCUAUGCAGAUGAAACAA